AUGGCAAAAAAGGCUCCAAAGGCGUCGUUGUUACAGAAAUUGGAGGGCCUUUUGGUAAUUAUUCUGACCACAAGCGGAUCGGCCAAAUCAGCCAUCUCCACGGUCACGAAAAGAAACCCAUAUGUGGCGCUUUUGUUAUUUUUGAUGGUGGUUUUGACUAUGCCGCUGUUGAUGGCAGUGACCAUAAUCAUCGUACUGUUUUUCACGGGCGCGGUGAGCAGUACGGUUGUGACAAUCUCGAUCGUGGCCCCAAUCAUUCUGAUGGCUGCCUGGUCCAGCUUUCUUUUGUGGAUGUUUCUCGUGGGCGGGACCUACGUUUACCGACGCACUCUGGCUGGAUGGACCGCCUGGCGCCAGAUUGUCUCCAGGUUUGUUCCGAAACCAAAGCCUGCCGAAGAGCCUGCGCAGGCAAUUUUGGAAGAGUUCGAGACUCAAUUGGCUAGUCUAAAGCCACCGGGAACCGACGGUUGGCCGGUACUUUCGUUCGAUCCCCUGCUAGAUAACGAGCCAUACUUCCAGCCCCUUGAAAAAGAUUUGGGAGACAGCACUAUUCUGACUUCAUUGAAAACACCAAUCAUUGUUUCAACGCCGGUAGCCCCAGCAGACGAGACCAUUUCCGAAGCUGACGGCGAUUUAUCCGCCUGA